AUGAUUCCUGAGCCGCCAGGGCCGCCGACGCUGCGUCGAUCUUGCUUGGCCUGUGCGAAAGGCAAGCGCCGUUGUGAUCAGCGGUGGCCGAAAUGUAGCCGAUGCCAGAAGAGACAAGCCGCUUGCGAAUAUGCCAAUGAGCCACUUACAAGGGAGAGCAGCGUCGAUAAGUUCAGAACCUCGGGUAUAACUCGGGCCAGAAAUUUGCCCGAUCCUCGCAUCUACCCUUCCUUGAGUCUGGAAAUAGUCAAAGGGUACGAUCCAGACGUCAUUCGUUUUCUUGACGAAGGGAUCCGCAACUUCCCUGUUAUGUUUGCUGAAAACAUGAAGACGAUGUUUAUUCAUCCGGAUUUGUUCGAGGAGUCAAGUCCCCCAGCUGCUAUCCGGGAGGUUCAUGCGCUCUGCAAGCUUCAUGUCACAGCAACUCGGGCGGACGCUGUCAGUCUAGCUCCCCUCUUGCGCCGCAAGUCAGCCCAGCUGCAAAGACAGGUUAACCAUACAGCCAACUUUGACGAGCUUCUUGGCUGCAUCCAAGCAUUGCUUCUGAUCCAAUGUAUCCUGAUCCUCGACGAAGACGACACCGAGGCAAUUCCGUACUCGGAAACAGUCAGCACGAUGCUCGUGGACCUGGCCGAACGACUGUGGCAGCAAGCCCCUAUCCAACUGCCAAACACGCUUAGUCCGAAGCGCGCCUGGCUUUUUGCCGAAAGUGUCCGGCGCACAAUCAUCGUGGGGUACUUGCUUCGCAGCGUGUACUCGCUCAAGAAGAGGAAUUAUUCCGUCCGGAAUCCGUUCAUCGAUUCGCUCCCUUUCGAUGUUCGAGUAUCCCUGUGGGAUGAAGACUCGGCCGAGGUAUGGAGUGGAGUUAUGUCCGAGUCUUGGAAUUCUAUAAUGUCUUUGCACCAGUACUCUGCUAUGAUGGAGAACGGACAGGUUCAUGGUAUCCCACCCUUUGGGGCGCUCAUUUUGGCAGCGUGCAAGGGGAAGACCGCGUCUGAUGUGCAAUAUCCUGCCUUGAGCUCUUACUAUGUUUCGUGA